AUGUCAUCAAUUGAACAACUAUUCCAAUCACUUCCCGAUAACCCAAUUGUAUUCUACAUCUUAGUAUUUGCUUUACUACUUGGUGUUUUCAAAUUAACCACAUUCAUCCUCAAAUUUGGAUCCUUACUUGUUGACGUUUUUGUUGUACCUCCAGUCGAUUUCGUCAAAUAUGGUGCCCAUAGUGGAAAAUGGGCCGUUGUUACUGGUGCUUCUGAUGGUAUUGGUAAGGAGUUUGCUCUACAAUUAGCCAAGCGUGGUUUAGCUGUUGUGUUGGUUUCAAGAACAAAAUCAAAGUUGGAGGCUGUAGCUGAGGAAAUUACAGCCAAGUACAAAGUUGAUACUAGAGUUGUUCCAUUUGAUGCAGCACUGGACGAUGAAGCUAACUAUUUGGAAUUGGAAAAGACCAUUUAUGACUUGCCGAUUUCUGUCUUGAUUAACAAUGUUGGACAAUCUCACUCCAUUCCGGUUCCAUUCUUAGAAACUGACACAACUGAAUUGAGAAAUAUCAUAACCAUAAACAAUACUGCCACGUUGAGAAUUACUCAAGUUAUUGCACCUAUUAUUGCUGCAACUGUUGAAAAAUCGCGUGGUACAACCAGAGGUCUCAUUUUGACCAUGGGAUCUUUCGGUGGAUUGUUGCCUACCCCCUACUUGGCUGUAUACUCUGGAUCCAAAGCAUUUUUACAGCAAUGGUCUAACGCAUUAGCAGGUGAAUUGAACCCAGAGGGUAUUGACGUUGAGUUGGUUAUCUCUUAUUUGGUUACAUCAGCUAUGUCCAAGAUAAGACGUUCAUCAUUGACAAUCCCUAAUGCAAAAGAUUUCGUUACAUCAGCAUUGAAAAGUGUUGGUCGUAGAAGUGGGGCACAGGAAAGAUUUGCUACUAGCACUCCAUUCUGGACACAUGCAUUAAUGCAUUUUGGAAUUGACAAUACCGUUGGUGUUUACUCUAAAAUUGCCAACAAACUCAACUUAAAGAUGCAUAAAUCUAUUAGACAAAGAGCUUUAAAGAAGAAAGCAAAGACUGAUGCUGCUGUUAGUGCUGAAAAGAAUGACUAA